AAGAUGUCUUUUGCUGAAAUGAUAGCAAGCGCCGAGAGACUUUCGAAAAAUUUAGAACGUAAAAUAACAAAGCCUGUAGUAAAAAAGGAAAGCAAAAUGAAUGUCAAUGACAAACAAAUAAAAAAAGUGCCGAUGAUGAUGCGUGCUGCAACAGUACCACAUCGUAGUGUAUUUGAAGUAACAAAAACGAGAUUAUCGGUUCCCUUGACUCCAAAACCUGCACGACUGCUACAUCAAUGUAUCCGUGAAGAGAACCUUAAUACCAGUUAUAUUAUGCCGUUUAAUAAGAAAGACGUUGCUGUGCAAACAAUGCCACAAAACGAUACAAUUGAUAUGCAAAAGACGAACGAAUCGAAUAGGUGCGAUCACAACACCAUUGACUUUACCGCGAUAAAAGUCUCAUCAUUCCAGCAACAAUCAGUCGAUAUGGGUUGGGCCGAGGAAAAAACACUAAGCAAUGAAGUCCCAUUUAAAUACAUUGUCAAGAAAUUCGACAAGUUUCUCAGAAAAAAUAUGAAAGCUACGAACCUAUUGAAAGAAAAUAGGGACAAAUUAUCAGCCCAGAGGAUCGUAGCCACUGCGACUCACCACAACCGUUGGAAACACUUCAUGUACUUCUCUUCAUUUACAAUCGGAGUCAUCACUACAUAUGUGAUGAACUACGCUUGGCACUGUUUCCUAUGUAUAGAAAAUUCACCGCUUUUAUUAAAAUAA